GACAACCCCACGACUAACACACAGGUAUCACGCCAACACCGCCAAUAUGCGUACCUACGACGAUUCCUUCAGCGGUCAAAAGAUCUACCCGGGCAAGGGCAAGCUUUACAUCCGUGGUGACAGCAAGAUCUUCCGCUUCCAGAACGGCAAGAGCGAGUCCCUUUUCCUCCAGCGCAAGAACCCUCGCAAGAUUCACUGGACCACUCUCUACCGAAGGGCGCACAAGAAGGGUAUCUCUGAGGAAGUCGCCAAGAAGCGUACCCGCCGCACAGUCAAGCACCAGCGUGCCAUCGUCGGUGCCUCCCUCGAUGUGAUCAAGGAGCGCCGCAGCCAACGUCCCGAGGCCCGUGCCGCUGCUCGCAGCGCCGCUGUCAAGGAGGGCAAGGAGAAGAAGGCCGCCGCCGAGUCAGCGAAGAAGGCUGAGAAGGCCAAGAACGCUGCUGCGUCCGCACGAGGCAACGCCGCCAAGGUCAGCAAGCAGGGUGCCAAGGGUGCCGCACCAAAGGUGCAGGCAAGGACUCGUUAAGCUAAAGCGGGGAAUUGGUACGGCGUGCAUAGUCUGGGUUAUGGCUGGUUUUUCGGAAUGACUCGGUGUUUCCCUUUACUCUCUGAAUCUCUGUUUCCGAUAAACCGCGGAAAAAUGGAAUGAAUGGAAAUGGCACUCUUCAUGGCUGACCUGUUUUGCUUCUGGAAUCGGUGUUUUUCUACUGCCGGACACUGUCCCAUUCAUAUAUUGAAGCGUCUGGGCGCCGUAGGGCAAAUACAAAUACCAUGUCCUUACGA